AAGGAAAAAUUGUCUGGGACAAAUUUCCUGGAUUGGCACCGAAACCUGAGGAUUGUCCUCAAACAUGAUAAAAAGUUGUAUGUCUUGGAGACUCCUGUUCCUGAAGAGGAACCUCCUAAAUUUCAAAAGCAACAUGAGAACAUGGCAGCGUUCGAUAUGAUCGAACACUUGAAGAUGCUUUAUCAAGAGCAAGCAAGGCAUGAGAGGUUUGAAGUUUCAAAAGCCUUUUUUCAAAGCAAGUUAGCUAAGGGAGCCCCUGUAAGUCCCCAUGUGCUCAAGAUGAUUGGGUAUGUGGAAAACCUUGAAAGGUUGGGUUUUCCCCUUGGAAAGGAACUUGCGACUGAUUUGAUCUUGCAAUCAUUGCCAAAUAGGUUCAAACAAUUUGUCCUAAAUUUCAAUAUGAAUGAUAUGGAUAAACCUCUUCCUGAACUGCUAGGCAUGUUAAGAACAGCUGAGCAGAAUCUGAAGAAAAAAGGGAAGUCCAUUCUGUAUUUAAGCCUAGAGUUUGAUGACCAUCUGAAAGAGUGUGGGAUCCUAUCCCAACUCACUCCUCCUGGAACACCCCAAUGGAAUGGUGUAUCUGAGAGAAGAAAUCGAACCCUGUUAGACAUGGUCCGAUCCAUGAUGAGUCACGCCGAUCUUCCAAACUCCUUUUGGGGACAUGCACUAUUGACAGCAGCUUACACACUUAACCGUGUUCCAUCCAAAAAGGUUGAGAAGACACCAUAUGAGAUAUGGAGUGGUAAGAAACCACAUAUGUCUUACAUAAAGAUUUGGGGUUGCGAGGUUUAUGUGAAACGACAAAUUUCAACUAAGCUUGAGCCCAAAUCUGACAAAUGCUUAUUUGUGGGGUAUCCUAAAGAAACAAGAGGGUAUUACUUCUACAAUCCUUCUGAGGGCAAAGUGUUUGUCGCUCGAACUGGAGUUUUCCUAGAAAAGGAUUUUAUUUCCAAAGGAACCAGUGGGAGGAAAGUAGAGCUU